AUGUUGGCGUUGUCCUCCCCCUGGGCGAGCAUCAUCUACUUUCCCGAGGCGUACAGCUGGGACUACGACUACACACUAGAAUACUCAUGGGUCGUCCAAAAAGUGGAAAUGGUGAUCGAGGUGGGCGGCAUCUUCUUGGCUGCCUUUUUCUACGCCGGGGUGUUGAUCAUCCUGUGCAAGACGAGACGCCGCUUCAAAAGCUCGAAAAAUGCGCGGGUGGAGCUGAAAAUAUUGAUCCAAGCUUUGGUGAUUACGGUGUAUUGCACGGUGCUGAACGUAUUUUGGCAUAAUUAUCAAAUCCUGCUCCCCGACAGCCUCUGGUCCUACAUGGGCCUCAAUUUCAUGUGGAUCCUCAAUAGCGGCAUCUACCCAAUCAUCUAUUUUGUCGUUAACAAAACGAUUCGUGACAAAGUAAAGAAUCGGAAUGUCACCCGCAUCGAGCGAUCGGUGGCUCCGGGGAUCACGAAUGGGAAAUUUGCCACAGCCGUGAUGAGAACCGCCCAAAUGCCAAAACCAUCCGCCAGCGCCUCGUGUACCGAGUCGACCAAGUAUCUAAAGAUGUACAAAAAACGACCGCUGCGGAAGCGGAUCGGCGCGGAUUUCAUCGAUUUUGCCGAGCAUACCAGGAAUGACAUCAUCGUCAAUGUCGAGAUCAAGUACAAAGAUAUUGAUUUCCCUUCCGUCACCGUCUGCAACCUGAACCCCUACAAGACGUCGAAGGCCCUCGAGUUCGGCGGGGUCAAGGAUACGUUAGAAUCACUCAACAAAGCGAUGCGAGCCAAGCAGCUCGAGUCGCCGCGGCUCGUUCGAGCUCUGCCAGAGGCCGGGGGCGAAGGUUCGACCCCUAGCGCUGCAUCGGUUUGUUUUUGCUUGAUU